AUGAGAUGCGCACCGCGCCAUAAAACAACUAGAAAUUCGCCUCCGACCAAAACUCCCUCAGCUGCUCUCCCACGACAAAUUCCAGGCGCAAACUCGAGACCAAAAUCACCGGCUUUGGCUCCUACAGAUAAUGCUUCCGCAGACUCAAACACCUCACAUAAUGGCCAGGCAACGACACCGAACGGCUCUGCCGCUACUAAACGGAUAGCGCGCUCGAAUUCCAUAGACAAACAACCCCCUCCCGGUACUUCACCCCACCGUCGCAAUUCAUGGUUCUCCAAUAUAUCCGCCAAAUUCUCUUCCUCUGGCACACCACCAACCGCCGGUCCUCCUUCGCCAGCUCCUAUACCAGAAUCGUCGCCGGCUCCUUCGCAAGAUCCUCUCCCACCAAAACUGACACAUACGAAAAACGCCGUUCUGCCGCAUGCCGCGAAGCCAGAGGGUGAUGGUCCUUAUAUACCUGCCCCACCCAAGAGUGGCCAACCCGGCUUCUUGGGUAUGUUCCGCCGGCUCUCGUCUUCCAACGGCGGUGCCCUUACACAAAGUGGAAAGCUUGGCCAUGGCCUUGUCGACAGGGUAGUUUUGAAUGUUGACCAGAAUCGCGAAAGAUGCCCUAUACAAGAGCUCUCCUGUGCCAAACUAAGAAGGGUUGCGUUCUGUGUAGAUGUCGAGAUUGCGCCACAACCCAGAUAUGCUGAAGGCGACUCGCACUUGCCUAGAACAACCGACAAGACACAGAAAAAGAAGUCGACCGAGAAAGGCGAAGGAGAGGCUCUCAAGAACCCAAAGGUUGUCGAAGAGCAGAAAGAAACCAACGGAGAAGUAAAGAAAACAGAGGAGACGCCUCCUCAGGAGCCCCAAAAGGAAGAGAUCGAGGCUCCUCAGCAGACUGAAGACACGACAAACGGCAGUGCUACUCCCCUCCCAGAGAAAAAGGAAGAAAAUACUAAGAAGAAGGACAAAAAGAAGAAGAGCGAGGAAGAACGCAAGGCCAGAAAAGAAAAGAAGCGGAAACUUGCAGAAGCCAACGGAUCUAUCCCUAUGGAAAUUCAUUACGACAGUAGUGAUGAUUCGGACACGACAGGAACGCCUCCUACUACUGCCAAGGCUCCCAAUGCUUCUCAGACUGCCAAGCCUCAGACUGCCAAGCCUCAGACGGCACCUACGACGAAUCCUGUUCGAGUGUACCGCAGAUGUUGUCAGCUACGCGAAACGCCGAUUCUUAAGAAGAUCACGGAGCAACUCACUGAUACAAAUAACUAUACAGCCUCGACUGGCACAGUCAACAAGCUUGACCUCACUGAUUACUGGCUGCAACUGCCGGACCUAGUCACCCUGGGCGACUAUCUGGCAAUUGUUCCUGUCAGGGAGGUACUAUUGGAGAACAGUGGCUUGGGUGAUGAGGGCCUGCGAGUUAUUCUGGCUGGUCUCCUAGCGGCCAGGCGACCUGCCAUAAGACGGCGGAAGCACAAACUUGACGAAGAAGAAGAUCAGGGAGGGGUCGUGGAGCGUCUAGUCUUGAAAAACAACAAGAUUGGCCCCGACGGAUGGAAGUAUCUUUCGCUUUUCAUCUACCUAUGCCGGUCACUCAAAUUUCUUGACCUCUCUCAAAUCCAAUUCCCGCGUCAACCCCAAACCCCAGCAAACGGAUCACCAAACAAUGGAGUGCAAGUACCCCGAAGUAUAUCGAACAUUUUUUCCAAGGCUUUGGGUGAGCGUCUGGGAGGAUCAACGCUCGAGUUGGUCAACCUUGGCCAGGCAGACUUGACCAUGGAGCAACUUGGUUCGGUCAUUGAUGGCUUAAUACAAUGUGGUGUAAGACGACUUGGUUUGUCGCACAACGAGAUCAAUGCAGACGGUAUGAAACACGUCGUCAGGUUCCUCAGCGAAGGUCAUUGCGAGGGUCUAGAUUUGGGCGGCAAUGAUCUCAGCCAACACACUGAAGCUCUGGCUACAGCAAUCAACAAUGACACAACUUUGUGGGGUCUGGGUAUGGCUGGCUGUAACUUAACACCUUCAGCGCUUUGCAAGAUAUUACCUGUGAUGGUCAAGCUACCCAACCUGCGGUUCUUUGAUUUGUCACAAAACCCAGCUUUGUUCCAGUCAACCCCCAGUGCUGUCGGUCUGCUCAGGAGAUAUCUACCCAAAAUGAAGGUUCUGAAGCGUAUGCAUCUGGAAGACGCUGCGAUGACACCAGAACAAGCGAUUGCAAUCGUGGAAGUGCUCCCCGAAGUGCAAACGCUAGCGCACAUCAACAUCACCAACAAUGCCGAGAUUGUCAAGCUUGCCGACGCGAGAACGGAAGAAGCACAAGAAGAAGCUUGCGCACUUUACGCAUCUCUGCUUGCUGCAGCCCGCGUGUCUAAGAGUCUCAUCUGCGUGGAUAUUGAAGUACCCAGUGAACAUUCAGGUGAGAUUGUCAAAGCCAUGGCCAAGCAAGUUGUUGCCUAUUGCUUGCGUAACAUGGAGCGACUUCCCGAUGCCGACGCUGGCGCGGUCAUGGCGUCGACACUUGCCGAGAACAAUCUUGAGGCUGGUGAUACUAAGCUGCCACUUUAUCCUGAUGUCCUCGCACAUCUUGUCGGACACGACGUGAUGGAUCAGGACGACAGCGAAGAUGACAACAGCUCUGCGCCUGAUGAAGACUAUGUCAUUGGAGGUACUGGCGUGGUCAAGGCACUUGCUUGCUGCUUGAAGAACCGAGGCGACGAGUCAAGAAGACAGUCCGGCGAGUUCAUUCGUGACAUCGAGAACGGGGCAACAAGUACAGCAGCGACACCGCCAGCGAAUCUGUCAACAGGAGGAAAGGCCAAGGAUAUGUCGAAACACUUGUUGAUGGGCGCCCGCAAGAUUCGACAACGCCUUCAGCCAGCACUGAUCAAGGCGAGGGCCCACUCUGACGAUGAGCACAACUUGCGUAGGUUGAUCUUCUUAGACGACACUCUACAAGGUAUCAUCAAACGGUUCGAGGAUGAGUAUCCAGACACGCGCGAGGAUGCGACACCUCCAAGACGUCCACGUGCUGGGACUAAGGGCAUCGAGGAACUGCCUACAAUUCUACCUCUGGAGGAUUCUGCAUUGGCUCUGUCAGACAACGAGGACGAGGGCGAAAUCCGCGCAGGCAAGCCACUCUCAAGAUCCAAUUCUAUGGCCAAGAUAUUGGUCGAGGAAGAAGGUCGUAUUCUUCGUGCUGGUCAUCGGUUCCGUGCUGGUUUCUUCAAACAGGAGCAGAUUGAUCUGCUUAGCACAAUUGACGACAUUGGUUCCGACCCUAUGCAUGUGGGAAUGCUUACCGAGAUGGCCGAAGAUAUUGGUGGGGAGCUGUUGGAACUCGUCAAGACGAAGGGUGCUGUAAGGGCUUUCAAGGAAGACAGAGACGUGGCACUCAAAUGCAUGGCUGCAAGCGACCCCGAGCAUUGGGAGCGAUUUGUCGACGCUCAGAACAAGUCUCGUGCCAACAUUAGCAUCCCCCCAGCAGCAAAGCAGGGGGAGGCGGCGGACGAGAGUGCAGUUGCUGAUUAA